GAUUCUGCUCUUCUUCUCCUUUCUUCCCGCUGCAACCACCCGAAAGAAAAAGAAAAGAGGAACCCAGCCAUGCCUUGGAAAAUUGGUGAGAAAGCUUGGUAUUUUCCCCUUCCUUUCUUGUUCUAGAACCCAUAAAGAACCCAGAAAUUUCCCCUCCCUCUCUGCAGAAACCGGAUCUGCUAUGCUCUGCUCCUCACCGCCGGCUGCUCCUGCUUGUGGCGGGCGAAUUGCUUGGGUUUUGGCCCGUGAGUUUCUCCACUGCACUCCCGCCGGCCUUCCCCAAUCUGCUAGCUCCAGUUCCUUGCUUGUAAAUUCUGGUAUGUGGCAGCCUUAAACUAUUGUUUUUAAGCUUGAUUAAGGUAGAAUUAGCUUGAUUAGUUUGCUGCCGUGUGAUGUCCGAAUUUGGCUAGGAAAUGGGGAAAUUCCGGUAGCAAUUAAGAGGGGUUUUAAGUGUGUUUUGUUGCUUAAUUCAUGUGUAAAUUGCUUGAGUUGAUUGCUGUGAUUUUUGGAGAAAAUCCCGUGAGAUUAGUUAGUGUUUUGGCCAAUUGAUGGGAGUGGAGUUACUGUUCACGUCGGGUGACGAGUUAGAAAGCUAGCCAUUUCGAGAUUGAGCAUAGAUUUAGAAAUAAAUCAUGAUCUUGUAAUCUAGAGUGUAUUUGGAGACUUUAUUGGAGCUUUAUGAUAUCAGAGAGAAAUUUAUAAUUUGAUCUUCAGAUUUUGGUGGUAACAGAGUACAGUGUGAUAAGUUUCGAGCCUUAUGCACUUGUGGGACCCGUCUCACGAGUGUACGGCGUCUGUCGCGUCUUGAAAUUGGGUUUUGGGGCGUGACAAUAACCAUAACAAUAACCA